CCCUAUUCGUCGCUCGCCUAUUCAUCGGGCCGCCGCUGUGCCAAGCUGCCGCCACUCUAUUCGUCGCUCGCCUAUUCAUCGGGCCGCCGCUGUGCCAAGCUGCCACCACGGCUACCCGUUUAUUAACAUUUCGACUGAACUUUGUGAUUUAGUGUUCUUCGUAAAAAGUUCUGAACGUGAUUUUAUUGUGUUUAGUGUAGUGUUUAGUGUUAUUUAAGGAAAUAAAUUUAUAACGUUUUAAGAAAAUAUUUUUGCUUCGCUCUCUCUCUCUCUUUAUGUCCUAACAAAUAAAUUUUUGUGACGACUCUGGCCCCCGCUGAACCUACCCCAGCUUCAAAGUGAAAACGCGUCGUCACAAUGGCGCCCGAGCAGGGACUAUAAAAGAGAGAAAGAAUAAAUAAAUGAGUGAACAAUAAUUAGACAAAUACAGAUGAAAACCCAGUGAAAAAAAAAAAACAGUUAAAAAAAAAAAAAAAAAAAAAAAAUGUCAAACGAAAAGACAAUGUUGAAGGUCUCCUGGGCCUAUAUGCUAAAGCAAGAAGACUUGGUAACAUAUCUUACUGAAUUCAAUCUUGAUCCAGUUGGAAAAGUGGACGAUCUCCGAAAAAGAUGGGCUAAAUUUCUCCACAACGACCAUGAAGCCGAUGUAUACAGACGGCUUAUAGAGUUGCAGAACAAACAUGAAAGUACCAGUCCGACCAAAUCGCCGACAUUGCGAGCCGUCACAAAACAACCCCUUAUAACCGUAACACCGUGUGGAGCAGAAGCAAUAGUAUUAUCCCCAAUAAAAACAGAGUACGCCCUUCCCCACAUUUCCGCGGAAAGGUCACAUGGAGAGUCAAGCACAGGGGUAACAAACGAUCAAAAAGUACAGAAGAUGUCGCCAACAAACCCCGAAUAUGGAUUUCAAAAAGAUUCUCCGCCCAAGCCAUCCAAUAAUUCGUCGUUACUCGUAAUUCUCGACCAAAUCCGAAAAUGGAAUAUUACUUUUGAAAAUGGUAUGGACCCUAUUGGAUUCGUAGAACGUGUAGAAGAAAUGGCUGAAAUGUACAUCGUGGAAUUGAAUCAAAUAAUUAAAGUAAUGCCAGAGUUGUUACGAGGUAAAGCUUUAAUCUGGCUAAGGAACAACAACCGACACUGGACUACCUGGAACGAAUUUAAGAGUGAUUUUCUGAAAUUCUUUUUGCCACCGAGAUACUUUGAGAAAUUGGAGGAUGAAAUUAGGAGAAGGAUACAGCGUAAUAAGGAGCCGUUUAAGGAAUAUGUACUCUCUAUACAGCAUCUUAUGCAGCACACCAAUAUGACCGAAGAACAAAAAUUGGAACGAAUUUUUAGAAACGCGCAUUCGGAUUAUCAAUGGUACAUUCGCCGUAAAGACUUUACCACACUUUCGGAAUUGAUCUCCUUGGCAGACGAACUCGAAAGCAUACCAAAUAAUUCUCGGUCAGAACAGCCUCGAAAUCAACAAAACUAUAAUCGACGUGCGGACAACUCUAGAAAUAACCUGUAUUGCACCAAUCAAGGUGACCAAGUGCUAAACGAAAGCUCAUCCAAUCCAGAAACGCAGCAGGAUGAACCCCCGGCAAAGAAGAGUAACCAGAAUAUUACAUCAUUGCAAUGUGAAGAAUAUCGCCUUACUGCAACUGUCUUAAUAGAGGGGAAAGCUAUUAAAGCAACUGUCGACACUGGUGCCACUAGCUGUUUUAUAAAAAGAGAAUUUGCGGAAAAAAUCAAGAAAAGGUUUACUUAUUCACGGCAUGAGGCAAAUGUUAUCCUCGCAGACGGCACCACGGUGAACAUCACAAGAUCAACAGUGUUACCUGUUACAUUUGGAAACCAAAGCUCAGAUGUUACAUUUCUCAUCAUGCCGCAAUUCAAGGAAAACAUCAUAUUGGGAUUGGAAUUUCUAAAACAGUUCCACACGACCAUUCACUGCGCCGGUAUAAGUGUCAAAUUAAGUAAGCCAACCACAUCAACGGAGCAUUGUACCGUGGCUAUAGGAGAGGAAACCCCAUCAAAAGAGACAUUAAAUUGACAAUACCCAAACUAAUCAGUGUCCUAAUAUAAGCCCAUACUUCAAAGACCAUCGCAAUUCUCAAAAUUUCAACAUCACGAUGGAGCAAGAUAGCCCCAACACGAAAAAAUUCAAACGGGCGAAGGAGAAAUUUCGAGCUCAUCUGGAACAAGUCGAGGCUCAAAGGCGAAGGACAAUAUUUUUAGACGAAGGUCCUAGUACCAGCCGAAAGAGGAGAACAAAUCAAUACCGUAAGCCCAAAACAAGAUGGCAAGCAGUACCGCAUAAUAAUAUCAGCAGACGGGGUAGUGAAGGUAUCUCUCCGAACUUCUGCAAUUGGUCUCUAACAUACCUUCCUAUUCGACCGAGAUAUAGUCGAACAAAAGUGCCCAUGUCGGAGAAAUAAAAGGUUACAUAACACCCUAGGGCUUCCUGGCUAUUGAAACCCAAUAGCAAUAGAGAAAGCAAAUCAAGGAAUCAAAAAUCAGAGGGAGGAAGAGAUGCCAUGUAACGCCCAAAAGUCAUGCUUUCGUUUUUGGGGUACAUUAUUAUUUUAAAUACCAUUUUUACUUACGUCCCCUAGUAGAAAGAAGUAUACUUAAAAUACAACAUUGGAACCCCUGGUGGCAAAUGGCGGAACUACGCAAAACUGUCAGAUUGGGAUCAGCUGCUGUCAUGAGAAAACAACAAUCGUUGUCCAGCCAAAAAGGUAUAAAAGGAGACGCAUUUCACACAAUCGGGAUCAGUCUUCUGUUGAUGGCUGGUAAGUCAAGUGUGAUUGGGAGGAAGAAAAGGCGCGCAACCUCGGUUGAAUUGAGUCUUAGUAAGCCAAACAAUAAGCCUUGACUAUUUGUGGAGACUGGACUGGACUGAUCGCAGGGUCAAGUGAGGGUUGUAGCAAUACUCCCUAUUCUUCGGGCUGCGUUGACGGCGACUGAACGCAGGGUCAAGUGAGGGUUGUAGCAAUACUCCCUAUUCUUCGGGCUGCGUUGACGGCGACUGAACGCAGGGUCAAGUGAGGGUUGUAGCAAUACUCCCUAUUCUUCGGGCUGCGUUGACGGCGACUGAACGCAGGGUCAAGUGAGGGUUGUAGCAAUACUCCCUAUUCUUCGGGCUGCGUUGACGGCGACUGAACGCAGGGUCAAGUGAGGGUUGUAGCAAUACUCCCUAUUCUUCGGGCUGCGUUGACGGCGACUGAACGCAGGGUCAAGUGAGGGUUGUAGCAAUACUCCCUAUUCUUCGGGCUGCGUUGACGGCGACUGAACGCAGGGUCAAGUGAGGGUUGUAGCAAUACUCCCUAUUCUUCGGGCUGCGUUGACGGCGACUGAACGCAGGGUCAAGUGAGGGUUGUAGCAAUACUCCCUAUUCUUCGGGCUGCGUUGACGGCGACUGAACGCAGGGUCAAGUGAGGGUUGUAGCAAUACUCCCUAUUCUUCGGGCUGCGUUGACGGCGACUGAACGCAGGGUCAAGUGAGGGUUGUAGCAAUACUCCCUAUUCUUCGGGCUGCGUUGACGGCGACUGAACGCAGGGUCAAGUGAGGGUUGUAGCAAUACUCCCUAUUCUUCGGGCUGCGUUGACGGCGACUGAACGCAGGGUCAAGUGAGGGCUGU